ACUGGUGUUUACCGGGCUCUACUGGUGUUUACCGGGUUCUACCGGUGCUUACCGGUCCCAUCAGCCAAUGGGCUGCAGACGUCUGAAGGCCGCUAUGUGAGACACUCAAUCCCCCCGAAAACAUCCACACAGAGCUGAGAUGGGGGGCAGGAGGAGGGGGAGGAGGAGCAGGAGGAAGAGGAGCAGCCCCCGGAGAAAAAUCCCAGGGGGAGAUGAGCUGAAGGGAGGGGGGCUAUAAAAGUGAGAAGGAGCUGAGGACGCUGAGGUUUGACAGAGACAGACGGAGAACCAGGACCAGUGGACACCUCCUCAGGGACUCCUCAGACCAGACCAGGUGGGCGUCGCCAUGCCGUGGCUGCUGCCCUGCCAGGUGUCCUCGUCCCCCUCUCAGCGGGAGUGCGAGCGGACGGCGUUCUCCUUCUACUGCGCGGUGCGGGAGCGGCUUCCCGUGUGGCUGCUGGAGGACAUGCGCCGCAUGGAGGUCUUCGGCUGGGAGGACGGGCCUCGGGCCUUCCUGCCGUCCGAAGCGCUGCUGUACGCGCUGGUCCAUGACCACCAGAGCUACGCGCGCUUCCUGCUGAGCGAGCACCUGGCGGGUGCGCUGCGGCCGCGGCGCUGCGGCUUGUGCCACCGCAGCACCACGCCGCACCUCGCCGUCGCGGUGCGCUACGACCGCGUGCCGAUCCUCGGCCUGAUGCUAGCAGCCAUGAAGGAGCGUCCGCCGCAGGACUUCUUGGAUCGCCGCGGCAGCUGCUCGCACGCGGCUGAUGCCGAAAAGACUGCGGUGCAGCUGGCGGUGGAGCUGUCGCGGCCCGACUGUCUGCUGCUGCUGCUGGUUCACGGAGCGCCUCCCGGUGGCCUGGACGCCGCGCUGCAGCGCCUCGUGGCCUCUGACAGCAGUGACCGCCGCCGCGCGCAGCGCUGCCUGGACCUCCUGCUGCUCUUCCUGCCCGAGCCGCCGGCCGUGCGCCGCCUGCGGGACCAGUCGCAUCUCUGGCAAAGCCUGCUGGGAAAUGACGUUUUCAGCUGGCUGUGUGGUUUGGCUCCGCCCCCCCUCCUCCUACAAGCUCUCAGGUGUCUGGCCCGGUCCGGCCCAGAUCAGAUCACCGCGCUGCCCGACUUCCUGCAGCUGCACACCUGGCAGUGAGUCGCCAUGGAAACCACACUGCAAGACCUCAGAGAUCAAAGAGCGCUGAGGUUACAUGUACAAAUGUAAAUAAAGACCUCAAACUGACCCUGAGCAGCCAGGCUCUAGGACCGUGAGCGGCCAGGCUCUAGGACCCUGAGCAGCCAGGCUCGAGGACCCUGAGGAGACUGAAGAUGAGGUAAUCAUGUUAAGGCUCCAGAUGAAGAUAGACAAUAACAAUGUGAUGUAUGAAGAUGUGUCUACCUCCUUUAGCUGCAGCUCUUCGUUUCAUGUGGAGCUCGUUCAGGAGUUUAUUCAGUAUAAACCUGAGAUUAUUGAUUAUCUAACAAUUCCUGCAUUCACAGCUUCAAAUAUUGUCAAUCAUAUUGAUCAUAUUGAUCGUUCAUCUCAUGGUGCAUGCAGCCUGUGGGACUCGAGACACUGGAUGCAGAAUGUUGAAUGCUUCUGUUAAAGUGGCCUGCAGAGACCUGGAGGCCCAGGUCUAGAUCAGGACCUCCAGUGUUCAGCUGCAACCUGGUGAAUAUUUAUUGAUAAUGAAUAUGUGCAAUAAACCAAAUAUCAUCAUU